GACACAUUGGUUUGUUGUUGUUUUGAGUCAGAUGCAUUUGUCACUGCGGCAGCUCCGCGAAGAGGAUUCAUUCCGCCGCCCCAUACACCCUUGUGGCUGUGCAUUCCGCCCACGACACACCAUGGCACCUGUGGCCAGUGAGUAAUCGACCCCGAAAGGUAAGCGAGGGCCCCUCAGUCAGAACGAAAAAAAAGCAGCUCCACCCGCCGUGACGCCCAACCACAGCGCCGCUAGCCAGUCCCGUUCGUAUUCGCGUUGGCCCGCGCCAGGAAGAUGUCCGCCGCCCAGAAACAGUCGCACCCGGUCGAGAUGGGACCGAUCGAGCCGCACCAGCGGCUCCAGAAGCUCGUCGCGGACAGCCAGCGGGUGUCCAUCGAUCCGACCAUGCCGAUCAAUCGGUACUACCGCUCCGGCAACCAGAUCGUCGAGACGGCGGACCGUUCGCUGCGCGAAGGUAACCUGGAGAAAGCGUUCACCUUCUAUCUGCGGUUUGUGACGAUCUUCGUCGAGCUGAUACUGGAGCACCCGGGGUACAGGUCGGUGCCCCCGGCGGACAAGCAGCAGACGAAGGAGAAGAUUAAGAAAAUCAUGCCACGGGCGGAAGAGAUCCGGUCGAAGCUGCUGGAGAAGUACACCACCGAGUAUCGGCUGUACCUGAAGCAGCUCCAGCUGCAGGCCGAUCAGGAGGAAAGGGAAGGCGAGGCGCGGAAGGCAGCUGCGGCGGCAGCGGCAGCAGCAGCAGCGGCGGCAGCCGCAACGGCUGCAGCAAAAUCGGCAGACCAGCAGCCCACCACGUCGUACGCGCCGAGCGCCCCACCGAGCCACGUGGCCGUCAUCACUGACACGGACGCGAAGCUGAUCGAUCAGGUGCUGUACCCGAGCGACUUCCUGACCGACCGCAGCCAGGCGACCGGAUUGCCCGGCACCGGACUGCUGCUUGCCGGCGAGGACGGCCGCCGGUUCGACCGGGCGCUGAAACCGACCGCACCGAUCGGUGCUACAGCGGGCGGCGGGUUCCGGUCGAUCGUCGUGCCGACCGACACGAUGCAAAAGUUUCUCGAGCUGGCCGCCGCCAACACGGCCGCCAACCUGGAAACAUGCGCGAUACUGGCGGGUAGCCUGGUGCAGGCCCGCUUCACCAUUACCCAUGUGAUAUUUCCAAAGCAGAGCGGCACCUCGGACAGCUGCAACACGAUGAACGAGGAGGAGAUUGCGGUCGUGCAGGACCGGCACAAUCUCAUCACGCUCGGGUGGAUACAUACGCACCCGUCGCAGACGGCAUUUCUUUCGUCGGUCGACCUGCACACCCAUUGCUCCUACCAGCUGAUGCUGGAGGAAGCGAUCGCGAUCGUCUGUUCGCCAAAGUAUCGAGAAACUGGCUUUUUCAACCUCACACCGCACGGGAUGGAUUCGAUAUCGCAGUGCCGGCAGACGGGAUUCCAUCCCCAUCCCGCCGGUCAGCCACUGUUUACGGAAGCUCAACACAUCGUACUGAGCGACAACGUGGCGGCCCGAGUGAUUGACCUGCGAUAAAUUAUUAAGUGUACUUAUAUGCUUAAACGAGAGCGAUGGGCUCUACGCACACAAUAAGAAGCCGUGUCCGUGAGAGAGAAAAAAACGAUGGAAAGAGAGUAGGGACAUAGAGAGAGAGUUAAAGGGAAAACGACAAAAUGCUAGCCGGCAACAAAAAAAAAAUAUUUAAUUACCAGCUGUGUGUACCAACGCUUAUACUCGUAUCAUUGUUGAUGAAAAUCGCCUGUUUGCGCGCCCUCCCCCAGCUUUGCACAACAACCGUUCACGGCAAGCGUGUUUGGCACAACAAAAAAUAAAAAUAAAAGAAAAACGUGCAGAGGAGCUACGGGUUGGAGCUGCCGGUAAGGCCUCACAGCGCUCUCGAACACGAGAGCCACAAC